AUGCGGAUCAGAGCUGGAGCAGUGCUCUGUGCCCUUGCCCUCCUCACGGGCUUCCUGACCAUCUGCCUGGGGGCCUUCUUCAUCUCCUCAGGCUCCACCUUCAACUGUUGGUGGAGCCUGAUCCUGGCCUAUUUUCUUCUGCCUCUGGGGUUUGUGAUCCUUCUGAGUGGAAUUUGCUGGAGCACCUACCACCAGGCGAGUGAAAACAAAGGGAUGUUCAGCCAUGUGCUCAGACUACACCUUGCUCAUGGUGCUGUGGCCCUGGCCACAGUGGACAGGCCAGAUUUUCACCCUCCUGCUUAUGAAGAAAGUCUGGAUGCUGAAAAGCAAACCUGCCCUGCGGACAGAGAGGCCUUGGAUGUCCCUCCACCUCUGUACACAGAGAUGGACCUCGGAUGUGAGGAUGAAAAUAGUGCUCACCGAGAGGCACCCCCAUCCUAUGAGGAGUCGGUAGUGGACAGGGUGGCAGCAGCAGCGCCAUCGCAGGAGGCCCAGAGGCGAAGCCAAGAGUGCUGA